ACCGGUCACCAAACCGAAAGUAUAGAAAUCGGAACAUACCGAUUUUAAAACACAAGUCAUAUCCGGCGCGAUUUCGAGCAAUGAAACGCAUUUCUUGUUUCUGCCUCUUCGAAACGGCAACUCGCUCGAUCAGAGGUGAAGCAUCCAUCCAUGCACUCUGCGUCCAUCUGUUAGCUAUCCAUCAAUAGCUAUAACUGUCGAGGUCAUUGUGAGCUCUGUUUAUUUGAUCGAUCGAGUAUAAUACCUAUAGUAUACUGAAGCCAGAAUGAACCAUCCAGCAGAGAGUGCAUUUACCAGUAGUGGAGGUAUACCAGCACAUCCCCACACCAUUGGUGGUACUACCAGUAGUAUGUCUAUUCUACCAGACAGGAGGAGAUCCAUGGGAAAGGGAGAAGUGAUUGUGACUGGUUCCUUUUCCAACCUGGAGUAUGCAGGUACUAAUGAUGAUUCUGGUGGUGGUGGUAGUGGUAGUACUGGUAGCAGUAGCAUUGUCCUGGAAUCCCUGUCCAUCAGGGACAUUGACAGACUGGCACAGGCUCUCCGGCCUCUGUUGAUGGAUCAGAUGAUAGACGACACAAAAUCGGAUUGUAUCAAUGACGAUGAUCAUGAUGAUGAUGAUCCACGAGAAGAAUUUGUACAAGAAAUUGCCUCCACAAGUACCACCGAUCUCGAAGAAGGAAGGACGGGCAGCCGCAAUAGAAACCCACAAUGGCAUGCACCCUUUGGCGAGAGCACCUAUUCUUUACUCUAUUUGUGCAGUAUCGAUAGUCCUGCAUUUUGGUAUGCUGUUUUGGUUUACAUACUACAGAUUACGGCCAUUCUGCUCACCAUGAUUGAUGUCGUGGACUGGGGUAGCAGCAACAGACUCGACCUGCCACCAAAUGUCAACUUGAGUGUGACCAUUGCCCAAGGAGUGGCCCUUUUCCUGGCUGUGGCUUUUCAAUCAGACCUACUGGAAGUCGUCUCAAAAUUCAAAGAUGGUUUCCACCCCGAAGUGCUCGAAAAACAUCCAGGAGCUACCUACUCGACAUGGCUCUUGUCCUGUAUAGCACAGCUCUUUGCAGGACUUUUGUUACUCCUCACAAUCUACAUUUUGACCGUACAAACUGGAAAUGUCCUGGGAAUCAUGCUCAACUUUGCCGCACUCAAUUUCAUGGCUGAUAUUGACGAUGUGGCUUUUUAUCUGGCAAAGUCAGGUUUUGUGGGGGAUCGGCUACAGGUUGCUGCCUACCGGGUCGCCAAUUUUCGAGUACGGAAACGAUACGACCCGGGACGAGGAUUCCUCCGGGCAUGGAAGACGCGCAUCUUUUUCAUGAUUAUUGCCGUGUUGCUGACCGGAUGGGUCACCAUUGUCAUUUUCCGAUUUGAAGGACGCUAUGUCUGCAACACCAUCAUGGUCAAUAUGGGUGACGACUUUGUACCUUCUCUCGGGCCCUUUAAUGGCAUGUACGAUCUAGCGUUUUCGGGACGUGGAAUGGAGCGCCGAGCGGAAUAUGUAGAGAGACGGUCCAUGGAAAUUGAUACUCCUGGGAGAGGCAUCCUUGGAUAUUGUUAUGAAAUCAAGGCAUGGACAUUUCGGAUUGAAUCAAACGACAACAAUCACAAGGGAAAUCCCUGCAACUGGAUUGCCAGAUCCUCCGAAACAGAAACCUAUGAUAUUACAGAGACGGCAACAAGCCAGUGGUUUGUCCACGACGACACAUUCCGUGAAGUUGUCGUUGAGCCGUUCAGCCUCUUUUGCUUUGACUGUGCCAAAGAGGGAGAAAGUGACGACUGUGGUGGAAAGGGAACCUGCAGAAAUGCUGUUUGUGAUUGUGAAAAUGGCUGGUAUGGUCUCAGAUGCGAAUUUGUUAGUCCUUGCCCCUGGAUCACCAUGGAUGCGAGGACUGAUAAGUUUGCCAGUACGAGAGAUUGGGCAAGCAAUUACCAGUCCAUCGAUUUGGGUAAUGGCUCACUGGUGGAAGCAUACCAUCGACCAGUGUACAUCCACGAAUAUAGCCGUGGUGGUGAAUAUGAUGUGGUGAUGUUCACCGGAGGGCGCUGGGCUUUGACAUCAUCCAAGUUCUUGCCACAUGGUGGAAGGAUCAGUGAUCACCAGUUGCCAGUUGGCCAAGAAAGCGCUGGUUCUGACAUUGGAAACUUUUUCAAGCAUGUCUAUCAUGGAUACAGGGGUUACAGCGGCAACUACUCUGUUGCCUUCCUGAGUGACUACAUGGAGAUUGGUACACACUUGGACUCUAGUUCUCCAGUUGGCUUCCACUGGUAUCAUGCUGAAGAGGCAAAGGCAAACUACAAGAACCAGGAUAUUGGCAAGUCCGUAGAUACAGAAUUCCUCUGCCACAGUUGCGAUGAUGAUGUGAACCCAUGCCUGUAUGACGGAGUGUGCAACCAAGGGAAAUGCCAGUGCUCCCUUGACUCGUUCGGCAGUCUUUGUGAAAUCCCUCCCGUUGGCAAUGGUCACUGUGACCCCUUUCUCAAUGUACCCGAGUUUAAGUUGGAUGGGGGUGAUUGCUGUGAGUCAAGCUGUGAGAGUAGCUCACAAUACAUUUGUGGUGCCGAAGGGGAGGGCUAUGUCAGCACUGGCUACUACUACUGCAAACAACCAAAAGAUGAGUGGCAAAGACAUCUGUUAAAUGGUGAUGCAGGUUCCUUCUCUGGUUUUGCCUUGGAUCUCUCCAGGGGUUCUAUGGCUGUGUCUGAGCUUUUGCAGGAUCGUGUCCGAAUUUACGACAAAGUUGGGUCCUCGUGGGUCCUUCGAGAUACUAUCAUGGGAUCUCCAAACUCCAGAUUUGGUUUACGUGUGGCCCUCUCUUCUGGACCAUUCAAUGUGGUCAGCAACCCAAGCUUCAAGGCUCCACUUACUGUUGUGGUAGCCGACUCCUUUCGAAUUCUCCGAGUCUACAAAUGUGACUUCGACGGAUGUACCCAAACACAGGAAUUCCCAACGCUGCUUGUGUUCGACUUUGAUUUGUCGGAUGAUGGGACUGUCCUGGCAGCUUCUUUGCUUGUGGGGAACCAGGCACCCAACACGGUUCGAAUCUAUGAUACUGUGAAUGGUCUCUUCCAGUUCCGGGCAGAUGUCAGCAUUACCAGAAACAAUGUCACAGCAAAUGUCCUUUCAAUGUCGUUGAAUGGUGAUGGUAGCAGACUGGCAGUGCAAUCCCAGCUUACGGAAGUCGACCCUAGCACAAACUAUCCUGUGGCAACCGAUGAAUACGUUGUCGUCAUGGCAUGGAAUGAAGCAUUUGAUAUAUACGGAGUUGAGGCUGAGUUUCUCUUUGAAUCUGAAGACAACACUGUGGACUAUGCACUUUCACUAAAAUUGAGUCAAGAUGGGACCAUUCUAGCCUAUGGUUAUCCAAAAUGUCUCGGCUCUCAGCUUCACAUCCAAGUUCGCAAUGAUGCAGGUAGGUGGGGGCCACGAUGGGCUCCAGCAAUGAACUCUGCAGAUUGCACUGAUACUGAGCGCCCUGCCAGGAACAAUGCAUUGGCAGUCUCUGCUGAUGGAUCCAGAGUUGCCUUCAGGGUUGGUUCCAAGGUUAAGCUGAUGGCAUGGGAUUCUGUUACAAAAUCAUGGAAUGAUGUUAUUGAUCCAUUUCCUUUGACUCACUACCCAGUUGCCAUGUCCUCUAAUGGCAAGGAGAUAGCAAUCGGUGCCCCUGAAGAUGGCAUUGGAGGAGUUACAGGUGUCUUCUCUCUUCCUGGAAGAAAACCAUGUGGCCAUGGCAUGUCACUCUUGCGUGUUUCCCUGACCCUUGAUAGGCUCCCGUUGGAUGUUUCAGGGGACCUGGCGAACAACAGGACAGGAGAAAUCCUUUUCAAACAAGGACCAUACUCAAUGGAGUAUGCAUAUGCAACAAUUGUGGAGGAAACAUGCAUCCCGGCUGAUUCUUGCUAUGUGUUUACAAUGUACAACAAACGGAGACGCGGGUUGCAGGCGCCGGGACAAUUUGCACUCUUCGUGGAUGGUGAGAAUGUUGGAAAAGGUUCCUUUGAUGGUCUUUUUACGAAACAGUACUUUGGGGAGUGCCCCUCUUGCCCUGCUGGCACUGUGCCUUUCAGCAUGAUCAUGCUGGCAUGCGAACCAAUACCAUGGGCACUAUUGCAGAUGGUUGGCACAAAUAAUGCUACAAACAGGUGGCUUGCCUCUACUGCUGGAAAUUCUGAAGUAGUGAUCCCCUCAACUUGUUCUGAUCACUGGGAUGGUACAAACUGUACUGAGUGGCUUUCCUAUGAAACUUGCUUGGAACCAUCUGAGUGCUAUGCCUUCCAGUUCCUUUCCCAUCAUCAGGCCUUUGUUGAAAUUGCCCUAGGGGGGCAGAUAGAACGACCUACGGCGAAUUGGUUCUGUUAUGGAGGUUCCUCGUAUGUUGGCAACCCGGAUAAGUGUCAGACAGGUGGAGUUGGGAAAGUGGUGCAUUCUGUUGGUCAUACUUGA